AUGAUAUUCAUAAUGAAACUGAAGAAUCUCUUGCCAAUCUUCUGUUUUUUCCUUGUAAGCUUCUCUAUUUCAUCUGCACAAAAAUGCGGAAAAACUGGUUUAUUUAAACCCAACGAUAAGUAUGAUAUAAACCGUCACCUCCUCCUUUCUUCUCUAGCUUCUAAUGUCUCAGCUCGAGGCGGCUUCUACAAUGCUUCGAUUGGACAAGGACCUGAUCGGUUGUAUGCUUCUGGGACGUGUAUCCAAGGUUCUGAACCAGAGCUUUGCUCAGCUUGUAUCGACUCUGCUUUUAUUAGGGUGAUAAAGAAAUGUCACAACCAAACAGAAGCCCUCGACUGGUCCUCCUUUAACGAGGAGUAUCCUUGUAUGAUACGUUACUCCAACCGUUCUUUUUUUGGAUUACUUGAGAUGACACCAUUUUUCAAGAAUUACAAUGCUACAGAUUUCCAAGUCAACUUGACAGAGUUUUAUCAAAAAUGGGAGGCUUUGAUGCUUGGUGUGAUAGCUGAUGCUAUCUCGUCGCCAAACCCAAAAUUCUAUGGUGCCGGCACUGGAAAAAUUGGGAUUCAAACCGUUUACGCUUUCGUGCUAUGCAGUAAGGAUAUAUCUCCAUGGAACUGUUCCAGAUGUUUAAGAGGGAAUGUGGAUAACUAUAAGUUGUCCUGCAGUGGGAAACCUCGUGGCCAUAGUUUCAGCCCGAGCUGUUAUAUGCGAUGGGAUCUCUAUCAAUUCUAUGGAUUUAUUGAGUAUAGGGCUUCUCCCACGCUUCCUCGUGAAAAAGGUAGAAUCUCAGAACUAUCUGACGAUGGCGGAAAGAUUUCUACAAGAAAUAUCCUCGGAAUCACUGUUGCUCUUGCCUUUUUUAUCACGGUACUGCUUGUUCUAGGGUAUGCUCUUUCUAGGAGGAGAAAAGCCUACCAAGAGUUUGCAACUGAAAAUGAUAUUACAACUUCAGGUUCACUUCAAUUCGAUUUUAAAGCAAUUGAAGCUGCAACAAAUAAUUUUCAGAAGAGUAACAAGCUUGGUCAUGGUGGAUUUGGUGAAGUUUUUAAGGGAACUUUUCCGAAUGGAACAGAAGUUGCUGUGAAGAGGCUGUCUAAAAUUUCAGGUCAAGGUGAAGAAGAGUUUAAGAACGAGGUGCUUCUUGUAGCAAAGCUCCAACAUAGAAAUCUCGUUAGACUUCUGGGGUUCUCUGUUGAAGGAGAAGAAAAGAUACUUGUCUACGAGUAUAUGCCAAAUAAAAGUCUUGACUAUUUUCUCUUUGACCAUAGAAGGAGGGGUCAGCUGGAUUGGAGAACACGAUACAACAUAAUCAGGGGAGUGACUCGAGGGAUUUUAUAUCUCCAUCAAGAUUCACGGCUUACAAUCAUACACCGUGACCUCAAAGCGGGUAACAUUCUCUUAGAUGUCGAUAUGAACCCGAAAAUCGCGGAUUUUGGUGUGGCUAGGAAUUUUAGAGUGGACCAAACUGAAGCUACCACAGGAAGAGUAGUUGGAACAUUCGGUUACAUGCCUCCCGAAUAUGUGGCGAACGGGCAGUUCUCGAUGAAAUCUGAUGUUUAUAGUUUUGGAGUAUUGAUUCUGGAGAUUAUUGUUGGCAAAAAGAGUAGUAGCUUCCAUGAGAUUGAUGGUUCAGUAGGAAACUUGGUCACAUAUGUUUGGAGGCUUUGGAACAACGAAUCAUUCUUGGAACUUGUAGACCCGGCCAUGGGGGAGAGUUAUGAUAAAGAUGAAGUCAUCAGAUGCAUCCAUAUAAGCUUAUUGUGCGUUCAAGAAAAUCCUGCAGAUCGUCCAACAAUGUCCACAGUGUUUCAGAUGCUCACUAAUACUUUUCUUACUCUGCCCGUGCCUCAAUUACCUGGAUUUGUUUUCAGGGUCAGAUCCGAGCCAAACCCAUUAGCCGAGAGACUUGAGCCUGGUCCGUCUACUACCAUGUCGUUUGCUUGUUCCAUUGAUGAUGCAUCGAUCACGAGUGUUGAUCUUCGUUGA